CAAUAGGAAGUGUCCGCGGAGCUGGGGGUAGACUCUGGCUCCGGCCAGCUGCGCCCUCUUUCCUUUGCCUCCUUCCUUCUCCCUUUUCUCCUUUCCUUCUUUCCAUCCCUUCCCGCCUCCCAGGAGCCCUGGCGAAGUGUGCGUAUGUGGGAGCGCGAGAGCCCCCCACAGCCACCCCUUGGGGCGCGCGGCUGCAGUUAGGGUGAGGGUCCCAGUGCGCAGGCGCGCUCCCGUUCGCGGUCCCCAACGGACUCACCCGCGGCGGGAACGAAAAGGGGCCACCCGAGCGAGGCCUUGGUCCCACCACCAGAGGAAGAUGCUGUUGCCACCUGCCUGCUCUUCCUGAACCUCCAGGUUUCUGCCACACUGCCCCAUGGAGGACACACCCACCUCACUCAGCUGCUCUGACUGUCAGCGCCACUUUCCUAGUCUCCCAGAGCUGUCCCGGCACCGAGAGCUGCUCCAUCCAUCUUCCAAGCAGGACAGUGAGGAGGCAGACAGUAUCCCUCGGCCCUACCGCUGUCAGCAGUGUGGGCGGGGCUACCGUCACCCAGGGAGUUUGGUCAACCACCGGCGGACCCACGAGACUGGCCUUUUCCCUUGUACCACCUGUGGCAAGGACUUUACCAACCCUGUGGCCCUCAAGAGCCACAUGAGGACUCAUGCUCCUGAGGGCCGCCGGAGGCGCAGGCCUCCCCGCUCCAAGGAAGUUGUUCCACGCCUGCAGGGAGAAACAACAUCCUCUGACUCCAGGGACCAGAGGCUCAGCCCUGGGGAAAGCUGGACAAGCCAGGAAAAACCUGUUGAAGAGACAUCUGGCUCUGGGCCUGAGCCCAGGGAAGAUCCAUCCACCAGACAAAGAGGCUGGGAAAGCCAGCCAGAUUCCGAAGAGGGUGCGGAGGGCUGGGGGCCCACCACCAAUUCUGCGAGAGCCACCCCGCUGCCCACCCCAGCCAGCAGCCUCCUUAGCAAUUUGGAACAGUAUUUGGCUGAAUCAGUUGUGAAUUUCACAGGGGGCCAGGAGCCGGCUCAGCCACCUCCUGCUGAGGAGGAACGGCGGUACAAGUGCAGUCAGUGUGGCAAGACUUACAAGCAUGCCGGGAGCCUCACCAACCACCGGCAGAGCCACACCCUGGGCAUCUACCCUUGUGCCAUCUGCUUCAAGGAGUUUUCUAACCUAAUGGCUCUGAAGAACCACUCCCGACUCCAUGCCCAGUAUCAGCCUUACCAGUGUCCCCACUGUCCCCGUGCCUUCCGGCUCCCCCGAGAGCUGCUGGACCACCAACAGUCCCAUGAGGGGGCAAGGCAGGAGCAGCUAUGGGAAGAGAAAGGGAUGCCCACAACCAAUGGGCACACAGAUCAGAGCAGCCAGGACCAGCUCCCUAGUACACAGAUGCUGAACUGCUCCGGGGAGCUCAGCACCUCUGGGGAGCUGGAGGACUGCGGCCCUGAGGAGUACCGGCCUUUCCGCUGUGGGGACUGUGGCCGUACAUACCGCCAUGCCGGGAGCCUCAUCAACCAUCGUAAGAGCCACCAGACAGGUGUCUACCCCUGCUCCAUCUGUUCGAAGCAGUUGUUCAAUGCAGCUGCCCUCAAAAACCACGUGCGGGCUCAUCACAGACCCCGGCAAGGAGCUGGGGAAGAUGGGCAGCCAUCAGUGCCAUCAACUCCCCUGCCUCUGGCAGAUACAACUCACAAAGAGGAAGAAGUCCCCACCAUCACCCUGGACCACCGCCCCUAUAAGUGCGAUGAGUGUGGUCGGGCUUACCGCCACCGGGGGAGCCUGGUGAACCACCGCCACAGCCAUCGGACUGGAGAAUACCAGUGCUCCCUCUGUCCCCGCAAGUACCCCAACCUUAUGGCCCUGCGCAACCAUGUACGAGUCCAUUGCAAAGCCGCUCGCCGCAGUGCAGGACCAGGGGCUGAGGGACCCCCCAGUCACCUCAAGGUAGAGCUCCCUCCUGACCAAGUGGAAGCAGAGGCAGCCCCGCAUAUGGAUCAGGGGCAUGGGUGCAAACAUGAAGAGGAGGCCACAGGUGUCUCCCCAGCAGCAGAGAGGACAGCACCACAGAUGUGUAACCUCUGUGGGAUGCUCUUUGAAGACCCUGAGAGCCUUGAACACCAUGGCCGGACUCAUGGGGAAGGGGAAGACAGUAGGACAGAGACCAGGGUGUCCCCUCCUCGGGCAUUUGCCUGCCAAGAUUGUGGGAAGAGCUAUCGCCACUCAGGGAGCCUUAUCAACCACAGGCAGACCCACCAGACAGGGGACUUCAGUUGCGGGGCCUGUGCCAAGCACUUCCACACCAUGGCUGCCAUGAAGAACCAUUUGCGACGCCACAGUGGGCGGUGGAGCAGGCAGCACCGGAGGAGGGCUAGCAGUGCUGGCAGUGGCGGGGAAGCCAAACUCCCAUCAGGCGGGAACUGGGCGCAGGAGUUGGUGGAAAGCAAUGAGGGCCUGGACGAUCCGCAAGAGCCUCCAGGCGGAGGUCCUAACGGAGCCGAAGGCAGCUUGGAAAGCGACAGGGGCUCUUUGCAGGUUGAGGCCGAAAGAGAUAGAUGUGGGCUUGAGCGGGCUGAGGCCCAUAGCCAGGGUGAUAAAGAGAGCAGCGGUAGUGAGGAAGGGCUGAAAAGGAAGGAGGCAUGUUUUCUUGACAACUCAGACAUCCCAGGCCAUGAGGAGAGCAAUGGGACUCGCUUCUGUGAUGGUGCCACAGGGGUGAAUGAAGACCAGAAACCAGCCACUGGCCAGUGCAGCUCCCCUCGCCAACCUCCUGAAGCUGUCACCAGCUGGCAGGCUGAGGUCUCCCACACGUGUUCUGACUGUGGGCAUUCUUUCCCUCAUGCCACUGGCCUGCUGAGCCAUAGGCCCUGCCAUCCACCAGGCAUCUAUCAGUGCUCCCUCUGCCCGAAGGAGUUCGACUCUCUGCCUGCCCUGCGCAGCCACUUCCAGAACCACGGGCCCGGGGAGGCAGCCCCUGCGCAGCCUUUCCUCUGCUGCCUCUGCGGCAUGAUCUUCCCAGGACGGGCUGGCUACAGGCUUCACCGACGCCAGGCUCAUGACUCUUCUGGUCUGACUGAGGGCUCCGAGGAGGAGGGGGAAGAGGAAGGAGCCUCAGGGGCAACCUCCACCCAGAGCCCUCCGCUACAGCUCUCGGAAGCAGAGCUAUUGAAUCAGCUGCAGCGGGAGGUGGAGGCACUGGAUGGAGCUGGUUAUGGGCACAUCUGUGGCUGCUGUGGUCAGACUUAUGAUGACCUGGGGAGCUUGGAGCGUCACCACCAGAGUCAGAGUUCUGGGAACACCACAGACAAAGCUCCCAGCCACUUAGGAGAGUCAGAUGAUGCCAUGGGAAGGAUUGCAGAUGGUGACUGUGUCUUUGAGGGCACAGCAGUGGCUUCUCUCUCUGGGGAGGGUGGGGACACAAAGUCUGGAGAGGGAGCAGGUGCCAUGGUUGUAGACAGCGUUUGCCUGCAGGGCGGGGAAAGCCCACCUGAGACCCAACCCCGCCCCUUUCGCUGCAAUCAGUGUGGUAAGACCUAUCGCCAUGGCGGCAGCCUGGUAAACCACCGCAAGAUCCACCAGACUGGAGACUUCAUCUGUCCUGUCUGCUCCCGCUGCUACCCCAACCUGGCUGCCUACCGUAAUCAUCUGCGAAACCACCCACGCUGCAAAGGCUCUGAGCCCCAGGUGGGGCUUGUGCCAGAGGCCGGAGGUAGCAGAGAGCCUCCGAAAGUGGCAGAAGGACCGGGGCAGGCAGACAUGGGAAAAUUCCAGGAAGAACUUAAAGCAGAGCCCUCAGAGGAGGAGGCAAAGGUGAAAGAGGAGGAGUGGGAGGAGGCCUCUGUGAAGGCGGGCGAGGCAGAGCCGAGGCUGGAGACGGCAGAGAAGAGCUGCCAGACUGAGGCCAGCUCAGAGCGUCCCUUCAGCUGUGAGGUGUGUGGCCGGUCCUACAAGCAUGCUGGCAGCCUCAUCAAUCACCGACAGAGCCACCAGACUGGCCAUUUUGGCUGUCAGGCCUGUUCCAAGGGCUUCUCCAACCUCAUGUCCCUCAAGAACCACCGGCGCAUCCAUGCAGAUCCUCGGCGUUUCCGCUGCAGUGAAUGUGGGAAGGCCUUCCGCCUGCGGAAACAGCUGGCCAGCCACCAACGGGUCCACACCGAGCGAGGUGGGAGCGGGGGCGCCCGGAAGCUGACUCGGGAAGAUCGACCCUUCAGGUGUGGGCAGUGCGGGCGGGCCUACCGCCACGCGGGCAGCCUCCUGAACCACCGGCGCAGCCACGAGACAGGUCACUACAGCUGUCCCACUUGCCCCAAGACCUACUCCAAUGGCGUGGCCCUGAAGGACCACCAGAGGCUGCACUCAGAGAGCCGGCGGCGGCGAGCAGGGCUGUCACGGCGGAUGGCCGUGCGCUGUGCCCUGUGUGGCCGGGGUUUCCCUGGCCGGGGAUCUCUGGAGCGGCACCUCCGGGAGCAUGAAGCAGAGACUGAAAGGGAUCAGAGGGGCCUGGAGGGCCCAGAGGGGAACCAGGCUGAUGGCCAGGGACUAGAAGACAGAUCAGGUGAUACUGAGGCAGUUCUCCAGCUGGAGGACAGACCCGGGAGGCUGGAGGAGCAGAAUCAGAGCCCCAUUGGGGCAGCAGGUUCAGAACCCACUGAGCUAGUAUCCAGGGACAUGGGGAAUGUCGAAGGGAGGCAAGGAGAUGGGGGACCGGUGAAUCAUGGUGAAGGUUGGGUUCCUCUGGGUCAUGUACUGACCAAGCCAGAAGAUGAGUCAGGGGACAGUAUCCCCAAGAGUUCUUGCCACCUUGGCAACAGCCAGCCCAAUGGCCCUAGUCUGAGUCCUGUGGAGAGCUGGGACAAUGGAGAUAGCAAACCUCAGCUCCAGCCAGAGAGUCACCCCUUUUCCUGCAGCUGUUGUGGCAAGACGUACUGCCAGUCAGAAGGCCCUCUGAACUGCCACAGCACCCCCAAGACAGACUGCCACCAUUGCCUGCUCUGCUCCAAGGAGGUCUCAAAUCCUGUGGCCACAAGGAGCCACAGCUGCAACCACAUAGCUGCCCAGACCUUUGCCUGCCCUGACUGUGGUAAGGCUUUUCAGUCCCAUCAUGAACUAGCCAGUCACCUGCACACUCAUGCCAGCAGCCUCAGUCAGGUGCCACCCCAGACACAGGAGGCCAGAGGUACUGCCAGUGGGAUUGUGGAAGCUGAGGCAGAUCCCUCUGGCCAAGGGGGAAUCCAGAAGUCCCCAUCAGAACCCCACACAGCCCCAGGAGAGAAUGCUGGGAGAGCUAAUGGGGGCCAAGGAGUAAAGUCCACGGUGGCUGAAGACGAGGAACGGCCCUUCCGCUGUGCCCAGUGUGGGCGGUCCUACCGCCAUGCCGGUAGCCUGCUAAACCAUCAGAAGGCUCACACCACUGGACUCUACCCAUGCUCCCUCUGCCCCAAACUUCUACCUAACCUGUUGUCCCUUAAAAACCAUGGCAGGACCCACACAGACCCCAAGCGCCACCGUUGCAGCAUCUGUGGCAAGGCCUUCCGGACAGCUGCCCGGCUGGAGGGUCAUGGGCGGGUCCAUGCACCUCGGGAGGGGCCCUUCACUUGCCCCCAUUGUCCCCGCCACUUCCGCCGCCGAAUCAGCUUCCAGCAGCACCAGCAGCAGCACCAGGAGGAGUGGACAGUGGCCAGCUCUGGAGCCCCAAAGGCACCAGCAGCAGGCAGAGGGGGCUUGUCAUUGCCCCCUCCACCCACCCCCACGACCUCACUUCUGGAUCCUUCACCCCAGUGGCCUGCAGACCUCAGCUUCUCCCUCUAAACUUCAAGUCUCCAAAGAUCAGAAUACGGGCGGGGAGGGGGGGCAGGUUGCAGGGAAAGGCUUGAUCUCCAUGUUUUGCUCAGGAGUAGUUAGGCUUCCCCAUCUCUUAUUCUCUCCCACUGUGCAGAGGACCCAGAUCUGGCUGCUUGCAUUAGGAGGGGGUGAGGUAUCCCUCAUGUCCCUGUCCUUGAAGGCUUUCCUUUCCCCAUUCUUUGUCACUAUGCUCUUCCUUAUGACCAGCCCUGCAAGAAACCCGGUGCCAGGCUCUGCCAUGAUGUGGGGCCACUGUCACCAGCCAGAUUCCAACACCAGGGAGAGGCCAUUCAGAGAGCCACAGGUGGGAAUGUUGCCUGUGGAAGGGGAGCCUUUUGCUACAAUUUGUAACUUAUUUUCUAAAGUCUAUUUUGUAACAAUUUAUUUAAGUUUUAAAAAAAAGGAAAAUUGCUCCCCCAACCCCCAAAAAAUGAAUUUUCAAAGUAA